AUGUUCGAAUUGAAAUCUGGCCAAGCCAAAUGCGUAUCAGAAAACAUAAGGAAGAAUUCAAUGACAUUGGGCAAUUACAGUAUCCUCAAUCCCUACAUUGAUCAACUCUUGCCUGAUUCUCACACUGUCAGUGUUCGGGUGAGUUGGCGGAGUGGUAACAAUGACAAAUUAUAUCACCAGAAUGAACAUGUUCAAUCAGGACAGUUUGCAUUUGUGGCAAUAGAAGAUGGCGAUUACAUAGCAUGUUUCUGGAUUGUCCAUCACAAACCCCAGACAACCCUAACAAUUGAUUUGGAUUGGAGAACAGGUGUUGCAGCACAAGAUUGGUCCAAUGUUGCAAAGAAAAGCCAUAUAGAUACAAUGGUACGUGAGCUACAGAUUUUACAGGAAGUUGUUUCUUCCAUUCAUGAGGAGACUAUUUAUCUUCGUAAACAAACAAGAAAUGGAACUGCAGAACUGGACAACCAACUCCAGUUUGUUGUGGUUGAGUUUGCUUUCACUGUUUGUCUGCAUGUCAGUAGCGGGGCUGCAACUACGACACUUGAAGACCUUCUUCGAGAAAAAGAAAAUCCUCUGAAAUUUUAUAAUGUUUCUCAUAAGGUGCUGCUAAGUAUAUUAGCGCAUCUGAUGUUGGAAUAUUUCAUUGUAAGAACACCCUCCCUUCCCUUUGCCCCUCCACUGGGCACAACAUCCUGGAACUGUGAGGAACCUCGUCAACAUCCUGGAACGGUGAGGAACCUCGAUACUGGACCCUCAUAUUUAUCAAAAUAG